UAACUCCAGCAAACAGCUAUAGGCAAGCGAGUGUCUUUACUGCUUCCACACAACGCCAAAUUAGGCAGCAUUCCGAGCAUGCAACAAAGUGUUCUAGGACGGAUAGAAGCUUAAACAACGUGCAUGUUUUGUUCACACAAUAAGGUUGCCACACAGUUUAAUGAUGACGCUGGCGCUAAUCUGGUGCAAGUAGACAAUGAUGAAGUAAUAGAUGAAUUCUUAGAUGAGGCACGCUACAAUUUUGCUACACGCGUAAUGUCGAAUGGUGUUGAAGUAAUUAUUGCUAAUGAUAAGAGUAAACCAACUGGUAUUUAUGGUAAUGUAACGGAAUUGGCGUCUAAAAACGCAAUACAAUCGGAAGAAACGCAACAGGUGCCACUGCAAUUACGAAGUGUGCCAAGUCAAACAACCUUCCGCCCCAUGACACUGGCGCCGAGUACUUUAAAGGAUAAAAUGAUACUUGUAAUGCCAACUCUAAGUACUCAACAGGAAAAAAUUUAUUUCCCAGCUGAUUACAAUCAGUUUGUAACGAAAACGUGCUUAACGACUUAUACUUACCGCACCACAUAUUUACAAGAUGGGUCUACAACUGUGGAGAGCCGAGAGCAAGUUAUUUCCAAUAUAGCCACGGAGGAGCGCAACUACUUGCAGAUGGCACCAGCUUUAUCUUUGGGCGUAACUUUGACGAGAACGCCUGCAUUAGCUGUAGGAAUAUUUCCCACGACAUAUUCCUAUUACAACACCAUACUGGAUGAUGAUCAUUCGGUGGUGCAGUUGUCCAAGCAUACAAUUGUGAAUACAAUUACAGGCCCUGAUGGCUAUAUCAAUUUUCUGCAGUCGUCUGAAGAGGCUACACCUGUAUACGAAACUAAUACGUAUUACAGCAAGUUGACAUUUACAAAUAUACUACAUACGACCGGCGCCGAAGAAAUGUUUUUAACCACUAAUAUACUCACACAGGUAAUUAUAACAGAGUCAUUGUCGCCACGCAACUCGCUAUUGUUGAAGUAUAUAGAGGCUAGUACCACACAGCUUAAUAGUGAAACUGAUGCGACAUUAACGACGCCGUCGCAAACAGGGUUGUAUCAAACGAAGGGUGAAUACGAUCUGCAUAUAUACACAACGAAAACAUUUCUGACAACAUUAACCUAUUUGAAGAGCACAUUAUUAAGUGGCAGUGAUGCUGCGAAUAGCGCUGUGGUGCCGGAGUCGACACAAAAUCAUGUCAUUCUAAAUUAUCGCACACGCAUUAUCGAUAAUGUAAUAACCGAAACAAUACCGAGCACAUUGGUGAACAGCGCGUUGGUUUCCAAAUUUCGAGUUGUAUUGAAAUCUUCAAAGCCAGACCGACGCAUCUUCAUAACCACAGCCGCCUUACUGAAUGGACAAACAGUGGAAAUAACUGCAAUGCGCGUAUACCAACCAACGUUAGUGGCGAUGAAGGAUGAAGUAAAAACUUCGAAGGCAACAACAACAGCAAUUAUUACAACAAACGUGCCGCCGCAAAAGACACGCACAUUGAGCGUUGUGCCAACUAAACGCAAAGCGGCACACACGCAAUACAAAAAAAGCACGGCUGUAGCCAUGAAAAAUCAGAAUACAACAACUACUCAUGCAACUAGGGAUGAGGACUCAUUGAGUGCGGAUAGCGAGUACAACGAGGUCUAUUUAAGCAAAUCCCCGCAGCAGCUGCUUAAACCAACGAAACCACAAAAGCAUCAAACAAAACACCAUUUGUUGGACAACAAUAUAACUGCUACAACUACAACAACACACAACAAUCGGUUGCCGGUAGCUGUGAGUCAAAUAAUCGACUCACUGAACUUACAGCGUUUGCAUGCGCUGCGGCCAGUCAUCAACGCUAUGGCCGGCUUGUUGCAAGGCAGUUUUGCAACAACGCAAAAUCAACAACAGUUGCAGCUGGUAGGUAGUGCCGCAGUGCCGUUACCGUUAGCGGUACAAACUGGUGCAGUUGUCAGCAGUACGCCUGUGAAGAGCAUGCAGCGUGUCAACUAUCAACCGAUGAGCGCAAGUGUAGUGAAGAAGCAGGAUACGCCUAUAUAUAUACCGGUGCAAGACAACGCCGAUUAUGACAUUGAUAGCGCUACAAUACAAACGCCGAUCGUGGUUGAUGCAAACGGCGCAGUAGAUUACUACACGCAAAGUCUACAGUUACAAUCUCCUCCCGUUGGAGCUGUUAACGUGGGCGAUGCCAAUAAUUGGUUAUUAAAUCGGCAAGUAAAUAAUUUGAAACAACGCACGCUGCCGCACCAGAGUCCAAAUGUCGCUGUUAAUCUUAAAAAUGCACAAAAUCCAGUCACGUUAAAGGAAAACAACAAUUUCAACACUUUGCUAAUAAAUGGCGGCAUACCAAUUAGGCCCGGCGAGGUGAUCACUGCAAAUUCUGAUGUUAUCAUCGGCAAGCCGAAUGGCAUACAGCAACCCCAGAUACCGCUCACUAGCAAUUUUGGCGGUCCGUUAGUGGCACAAACUCCGAAGCAUAGUAAAAAGCAUGAGCAAAAAACUUAUAAGCAACACUAUUUAUCGUUUGAGAAUGAAAAACAACAAUUGCAAGCAUUCGAUGCUAAGAGUACGUCUGUGUUGAGCAAUCAUAUGAGCACAAUACCGUUAUGGCAUGCACCACAACUGCAACACCAUUACGCCCAGCGCAAGCCAGUCUUGCAACAAUACAAUAACUUUCCGUUGCAACUGAGUUACCACAGUCAUUAUGAGUAUAAUAAAAGGUUGCCAAGCGAAAAUUACGAUUACCUUCUGAGACCGCCACCGCCAGUCUUAAACGCCCCACUUGCGAGUCGAGAAAAAUUGCCACCCAUAACUACAACUCGUAUCACAAAUUUACCGUUACUAAAAAGUACAGUAACGCCUACGCUUGAAUUACUUGCUAGUGAUUUGCAGAAAUCGGAACCGUACCAUACCAUACCAUACCAAAUCGUCAACCAUAAUAAUGUUAAUACGGUAGUAAGUAAGGAAGCAGCAAUGCAACGCGAUGAUUUGACGGCUAAUAAUAAUAAUAAUCAUAAUUUUAAUAACAAAAUUAAUACUAUAAAUAAUAACAAUUUAAAUAAUAAUAAUAAAUUACCAAGUAUACCUUUUGUAAUGUUGAAUACAAGAAAAAAAUAUGUGAAUUAUUACGGCAGCUUUCCGCAAACGUCGCCACAGCAAGCAGAUUUUACAAUGCAAUAUAUGGAAAAUCCACAAAAUUUGCAAAAUUCCCUAAAUCCACCAAAUCUGCGCCCUCCAACGGCAUACCCACCAUACUCUUAUUCCGCUUUGAAUGCCACCUAUGACACCAUGCUGUUAAGCGGCGCGCUGCCGGAAACUCUCGUCGUGCCUAUAGGCACGCCAGCCAAUCAUCAGAAUAUCAAUUUGCAUACACAUGUCUUCAGUCACAAUGUGAAUAUGCACGCACCGCCGCUGACAUUUAAGAAAGAAGCAGAUUAUCCGAAGUAUGCCACCGCUGUACGUGGCCAGAUACCGAAUGGAGUGGUUGACGGCACAGUGCGGCACAAUAUGCCACACAUCAAAGUGCCACACAAUGAGAAGCAAGUGCAGAUUAAUUUAACGCCACAAAAUAUUAUCGAACAAAUCGGUGACCCGCACGCCGAUUUUGUGGCAUACACCAAAGACACAGCGCAUACAAAAGCGAUUUAUGUCGAGAAUAACGACGACAGCGCAGUUAUUGGUUCAUUUUCGCUUGCUAACAGCUUACCGACGGGUGAAUUGCAACAACAACAACAUGGAAAUUUUAAAGUAGCAAAGCCGCUGCAAGCACAAACACAUCUCUAUGUUAUGGCGCAUGAUGCUAAUAUGACAGCUAAGCACAAGCAAAGCGCUGACAAGCGACAGCAAGUCAUAAAUGAGUACCAACGCAUAUUUAUACCGGCAGCAGCAGCAGCUGAUACGCGCACGCAGCCGCAGCAUAUUGUUGAUGACGCCACUACAAAAACAACAGCUGUUAUGAAGCCUGAGACAAGCAUAUAUCCUGCAACGGUCGCUUUAAAUAUCGCAAGCUCAUAUUACCAACGGGAUAACACGCUAGACGAAAUAGAUUACUUAACAAGCAACAGCAAGUAUGUGACAGCAGUUGAUAUGCUUGCUGUGAAUAACAAUAAUGCGUCGUCAGCUACUAUGACGCCCAACAUGGCAGACAACAAUAAAAACCAUAAAUCGAAAGCUACACCUGGCAACCACUAUAACACUGCUGUUGGUGACAACAGUGAAUCGCAGCUGGAUCAGCACACCGCGUCGGCGACAAAUAGUCUGCAUGAGAAAAUACGCACGGCGCAGCAGCAGCAAGUGUUGCAACCAUUUUUCUCGCCGAUUGCGGCAAUGGAAGUCAAUAAUAUGCACACCACAAUGCGCGAGCAAUUAAACAUUGCUAACACCAGCAGUGCAAACAUGAACGCUAAUCGUAAAACCCUACGUCCCAUAAGCUAUUAUGUGCUACCGACGAAGGCACUUGUUAUUACAACGCCUAAUGAUAAAAAUCAUACACAGCAUACGCCGUUAUUAGCGGUUGGUACACCGUUUGCCGCGAAAACGCGGCAAACUUUACAAAAUGUGACGCCAGAAACGCAAAAAGAGCCGGUUUAUUUUGCUAAAGGUGGCGGUUUCACAAUUAAUGCGGGAGUAGAUGCUGUAUAUACCCUUACAGAUGAUACGGCAAGUAAGCAAAUGUCAAAAACAGCUGUAAAUAAAUCAGUAGUGGAAGCACACUUGAACACUAUAAUGGGUGGACCGAACAGCAACAGAAUUAGAACGCAGCAAGGCGCUAGUAGUCAUAAACAACUAGCACAGAAUGAUACGCGUGCAGUGAAUCAGCGUCGCCACAAUAUAAGCAAUUUACCGUUAAAACAAACAACAAUUUUAAAACCGUCUACAAAACAACAACAGCAGCUGCAUUUGCUCGCUUUGUCAACAGUGAAACCACAAUUAACGGCGCAGCAUCGAAAUACCAAUAACUCACAGGCUUAUAAGUCAGCAAUAUGGCAGCCACCGUUACAAGCGCCAACACAAAAACCGUUAGCAACGCAAAUAAAAAACAAAUAUAUAGCACGCACAACAGCGCUGCUGUCACCGAGACUGCAAACCAUUCCGAUUUCGAGGGUAAUACAGCAGAAAAUGCCAUUAAUAACAGUUGAAAAGCAAAAUGCGCCAAAUACACAUACUACAAUUAAUUAUAAUGUGUAUAAACGUGUUAGGCCAACAACAAGCUUGAGGGGUGCAAGUAGCACAAACAUGGUAGAUGCAGCUUUCCGCAUCCCACAACAUAAUUUCCAUAAAUUGAGUACAAACGCGCAGCACGUAAUUGAAAGCAGAAACAAUAGCACAAUAACUGUGCAACAAUUAAAUGAUGCUGAAGAAAUUUUGUUGCAUGAAACGUCGCCAAAUACAGUUGGCAACCUGCAUGAGAUGUCUGUCAUCGAGUCUUUGCUGGAAUCUUCCGAAGCGCCAAUACUAAUGCCAAGUAAUACAGCGUUGCUAACGGAUGGCGGAUUUGCACAAAUAACGGUUCUGCCAAAUGAAAUGCUUUAUGAAAAACAGCAUACAAAUAAUUUACAAAAUUACAAAGCAAAAAGUCAAACGCAACUGCAGACUGAUAAACUCACAAACAGCACAACGGAUGCCAUAUUUUAUGUACAAGUGGAGUUGACGCCAACUAUGUAUGUAAUGAGCACAGAAUUGUUAAAUAUUUCCAAAACACAGAGUACACUAUUAACAACAACUGCUUAUGAACAGUCAGAAGAUGGUGCUAACUUUGCAAACAGACCACAAGCGACUAACGCGGGGCAUACAAUUAUACAAACUGAAACUACAGUAGAAGCUGCAGCAGAAAUCGCAACAGAAUCGAUACUUCAAAUGGCAACAGAAACCGCCACUGCAACAGUCUUAACAAAUCAGAAAGCAAAUGUUUCAAAAGUGAAAAUACAAAAACAAACAACAAACAAAAUUGUUGCGGAGGCACCAAUUGUAACUGAAACACGCGUAUUAGCAACUACGGAUAUUAUUAUAACAGGAGACGAAACGUUGCAGAAUAGCUUCAACGAUAACAAUGAAUUUGCAACAACUUUAAAAGCAGCAGUGCCACAAUUUGAUAAUACAAACCAACAACCAGAAGUAGUUUUCGUUGCAAAUGAAACUACUAUGGCUAAAAAGCUUGAAGCGCAGUUACACAACAAUUCAAGUGCGCCUGAAGACAGCGUCAAUGUGGAACCGCCUAACAACAGCAUUUUUAUUGUGAUGACCAACUCACAAAAUAACGCUAAAGCUAAGCAGCCAUAUUACGUGACGAAUGUGAUUAAGUUUGGCAGCACGGGCGCCGCAGCGAAUGUCACCAACGCUACUAAUGAUUUGGACAGCAUUGAUACAACUGCUGAAACUAUACAGUUAGAUUAUGCUGAUAGCGCACCUACGCGCGAUGAGGAAUCUAUUGCCGAUCUGCACGAUUCGCGUAUAACCAUAAAUCAAGUGCUGCUGGGUGGCGUACUUAUCGCUACGCCACCGAAGCUAAGCGAUCAUGUUGUCAUUAAUCGUAUAACCGAGAAUGUAACAUGUCUGCCGUCAUGCAAAAUGGCGCGUAAUGAGGUGUGCAUUCUAACCGCAUUACGCUGGCGUUGCGUUUGUCGUCCCGGCUUUGCACGCAUGUUUCCCGAUCGGCCGUGUAAACCAACCUACACAUACGAAUUGAGCCUACAUAUUGACCAUUUUGGAGACAUUAAAUUGUUUUACGCACAUACCUUGUCCGAUAAUUCCACCGAUGAAUAUAAACAUCUAGCAACAGUUACGAAAGAGGCCAUUAAUCGUAUGGUAAUGCAAUCUGAUUUACGUGAUAUCUAUCAUGGCGUACAAUUGUCAACAUACACUUCAAUGUACAAUGCAAAUAAUGGCGCUGGCAAUUCGGCAAAUAGACAACCGUUGGAUUUAUCCGCGAAUUUACUUUUACAGCUUUCAGAAAAUAGCGAGGAAGAGCGUUUAAUGGCUGUUUUCAAAAAGAGUUUACGCCUAAGUAACUAUAGUAUCGGUGGCACAAAACUGUUUACGAAUCGUAAUGGUGUCGAAUCAUUAGCUAUAAAAGAUUUCAAUGAAUGUGCACACGAAAAUUUUCACGAUUGUUCUGCGAACGCCUUUUGCUUCAAUCUCCAAGGCACUUAUACAUGCAGUUGCAAAGAGGGUUUCGCCGACUUAUCCAGCAACACCAUUUACCCGGGACGUCUGUGCUCAGCCGAACUAGUUGGAUGUGAACAAUGCCACUAUCAUGGCAAAUGUGCCAUUAAGAAAUCCGAACGCUCACACACUGCCGGACGUGUACUGUGCGAAUGCUUUGCCUGGUAUUCGGGCUCAACAUGCCAACUAAAUUUAAAAAUAUUACUUAUAAUACUAAUAGCCGUCGGUACGAUACUUUUUACACUUUUACUGUUUUGUAUACUGCUAAUGUGUACCAAACGGCAUACCUUGCGUAAAAAAUAUCCGCCGUUAUCGCAAUCAAUUUCGGGUAUUCAAUGCAUAACUACGACGAAAAAUUCUGGUCUAGCCGGUAUUGGGCUUUUAAGGAGCACCACCAGUAAAUACGGUAUAAGAGGACGCCCAUCAAAACGUAUUCAGCUCGAUAAAUGUGCAAUAAUCAAGGAUACAAGUAGUGAGAGUAGUCAGAAUACGUUGUUGUAUGUGUUGAAGAAGGAGUCCACUUCUAGUUCUAAGAAGGCAAAUCAGCGCUCCAAAGAUGCAUAUGUAAAGACAGGCAGUCGUAUAGAGCAGCCAGAGUCAGUUGAUGCCAAUAAUACCAACAAUAAUGAGAAAUAUAUGCUAAAUAAACGCAACUCAUUCACCGAUUCGUCCUACAAACAUCCCGAUCAAACGGAUCGGUCUUUGACUGUCAUGAUACCGCGUGCCAAGUAUCAUGCUUCCGUGCUGCCGCAAACUGAAUUAUUUCACCAACAUGUUGUAAUGGAACGCACCAAAAAACAAUUUGAACAGCAACGAACACAACGAAAGGAGCAGCUUAAAUCAGAUAUUACUACGCCAAUUAUACUAAGGCAAGACAGUAAUUCCAAUAGUAUGCAACAACAGAAGAGUAAUACACAGAAAAAGCUAAACAACAGGCUGCCUAAACAUGUAGAGGCAAUAUCCAUACGCAACAUUAAGAACGAUGACUGUCAACUAACAAACAUGCAUCUGCAUCAGUUGGGAGCGCUUGUAUCGGCUGGAUUUGAGGUGUCAGCCAUAGUUGGGGAAAAUCUAUUAAUAACAAGCAGCAAUACGAAAUCCGAAAACAUUACUUUGGCCAUAGAACCCAGCACUGAUGCUAUUGAUGACUUGGAAAAACAAAAACAAGAUCACACAGCUAGAAAUGAUGACGCCAGAGACUCGAACAUAGAUAUUAACAAUAAAAAAAUUAGAAGUUUGAAUCAAACUACACUAACUCUAAGUGAACAACAGCAACACCAAAUCGAACAAAACAAACUGGUUGAACAGUGUUCAUGUAGAUCGUCAGGUGAAAAUUGUGCUCCUGGCCAAGAUGAAAAUAACUUACUCAACUCUAUGGAUGUUUGGCUUGAACAUUGUCAACGACAUGAGAUUUCAACUGACGCGCAUUCUCCACGCGAAUCCGUACAUGCUGCUAUGAAACAUUCACAUAUUUGUUUCGAUACGCUGGCUUCUAACACAAAUGAUGAUGCAAACACGAUGGCUGAACGGGACGUGGGCUCUACAUUUCUGUUACCGCAUACGCAUCUUUAUAAAUCGGACAAGCAAGGAAGUGAUAUAUCUGGUUUCGAUUCAUUCUAAUCUCUGACACAACAGUAGCGCGUAUUAACAGGUGGUCCAAAAAUCGUUUGAUGAUUUUUGUUUGUAUGUAUAUACUAUGUACGCAUAUAUUUUUGUAUUAAUAUAAUUAUUUAUUUAUACUUAUUUACUUAGAUAUUACAUAAUUCAUAUAAUAAAAUCUUGUAUGCUUCAUGAGACAAAACAUAGCUUUCAAAUGCAAUUUAAAAGCUUUUGUGAUUCAAGAAAAAUUAUUGAAUAUACAAUAUAAAUUUUAUGCCAGAUUUUGAUUAAAUCAAUAACAUAUAUAAACUACUGUAUUAAAUGCAUUUCGCUAUAAAAAGUGACGCCAAUAUUUUAAGAGGCGAUUUACUCACAAGCAUAAUUAUUGUUUGUUAAUUCAACUAUUUAUUAAAUGUUAGAUUUAAGCAAAUACAUAACAACCAAGCAUACGUUAAACUAACUGUAUCACUAUCGUUUUCCAUAAAAAGUGCGAGCAUUUAGCUUUUAAAAUAUCAAAUUUACGAAAUUAUGAAAAACGAGUCAAAAAUCGUGAAAUCCAAGCAUCGUUGAAUGGAUUAGGUGGGUGUCAGAUGCCAAAAACAACUGUUAUUUUUACAAUUUUUUUUAAAUUAAUAUAAACAUAUACAUACAUACAUACAUACAAUUUAAACAGUAUUUUGUGAAAUUUGUAUUUAAAAAUUCCGAAAACUUAGCCGUUUUUUAUUAAAAUUUUUUGUUCAAAAUUUCACCUUUUAUUGGCACGAAUUAAAUAGUUGGUAUAAAAAAUAAAAAAAAAAGAGUGCGAGGAGUCCCUACGCGCGGAUGAAGUUAUACUUCUUAGUGAUAUUCCAAGAAAUGCAUAUCAUUUUGUAUGAAAGAAAAAUAGCGAGAGACACUUUCUUAAAUUCAUAUUUUAUAAAUUUAUUAGGCACAUUUUAUAAACCAAAGUCCAAAUUAAUUAUCAUUUCUGGGUUCUGUCGGAUUGAUAUCUAUAAUAUUUACAAUUGGAUUAUGAUAACUAAAAUACGAUAUGAAAUGUCUUACAUCUAUUUUAUCUAUAACUCUCGCGAAUACCGUAUCAAUAGUCGUACCUCCUUUUGUCGUAGGAUCAUUUCUUCCAUUGAUCAUUUCUAAUGAAAAUUUCUCUCUGAGGAAUGCCAGUAUUGGUUCAGCUUCAUAUGUACACAUGUGAAUAUGUUUAUACAUACCAAUGUGCAUAUAUUUAUACAUACACAUGCGAAUAUGUUCAUAUUUCAAUCAUACAUCUGCGUACACAUUUUUCCGAAGUCGUUUAACUUCAAAAAAAUUUAAUUUUAUUCAAAUAAAAAAGUUACUGCCCCGGGUGAGGCUCGAACCCACAACUUUAACAAAUUUUAAAAAUUUAAUUUUAUUGACAUAAAUAAAAAAUUUAAUGCCCCGGGUGAGGCUCGAACCCACAGCCUUAAGAAAUUCGAAAAAUUCAAUUUUAUUGAAAUAAAUAAAAAAAUUAACGCCCCGGGUGAGGCUCGAACCCACAACCUUGAGAAAUUUUAAUUUCAUUGAAAUAAAAUACAUUCACAUGUGAAUAUGUUUAUACAUACACAUGUGAAUAUGUCACCAACCAAAUACUUUCCAUUUGCAAAGAAAGUAAAUGACUACAAGAAAUGAUCCUGUGAAGCAUAGUCUUAACUUUUCAACGGCAAACGCAGAGAAUUUCAAGCAAAAGUCACAUAAACUAGUUGAGAAUUCGCAGAAAUGAAACAGAAACGAAAGAAAAAAAUCAAAAGAACCAAAUUUGUUUACAUGCAUAUGUGUGUAAAUAUGUGCACUUGUAGUACAUUUCUUGUAAAAUCUUCGUUGCCACGGACAACGAAUGACCACAAAUAGUAAUUUUUUUGUCACAGACUUGUAAUCAGUGUCGCGUUUUCGCAGGCAAAGAGGUCCAUGUCCCCAACUUAUAUUAUUAUGGAUUGUUUUAUGUCUUUUAUAUUUGCUAAUAGUAAGUCAAUACUAUCCAAUGCAUAUUUUGCGCAUUUAUAAUUACGGAGGGAUCACUUGAAACGACUCUGUGAAGCUCGAUGUGUCGAAAAAUUGAUGGCCGCCUGCGCAAUGCCAAAGCGACGCAACAUUGCGCUGUUGGUAGAAAAUCGGUUUGUCGUAAAUAUGUAUGAAUAUGUAUGAGCAUGCAAACAUAUCGACAUACAUUUUUGGCGCUUGUUGUUUUUGUAGAACAUUGCUUUCGAUUUUUGGUGGUUGACAAACUUACAUGCACGCAUAUACAAAUGUAAGUUUGUGUGUUUGUUCAAUGACAUAUACACAUGUAUGUUUAUGCAUAAUGUUGCAUGUUGCGCAACAAUUAUCGCAACCUUUUCCGAACUCGUAUAAGAAGUAUAAGUAUGCUUCGCUCAUUAAAUAGAUAAUGUCAUUCCAAAGAUGUGUGCAAAAUUAAAAAAAAAAAAUCGCCUCAAAACCUUUCAAGAAAUCGUGUCCAAAGUUUUACAUUCAAACUGAUGUGGCCUGAUGUGCGGAACUUUGAAAGAGUCUCUCUCAUAGAAUUUUACACGGAUCGAUCUUAUAUUUUUGAUAAUUUUUAAGCAUAUUGUACUAUUCACACAAAAAAAAAUUCUACAUUUUGCAAUUUCGAAACCCACCUAACCCCUUGAGAACGUAAAAUGAAAUAUAAAUGCCACAGCACAUACUAUUAUAAAAAAUGUCACUCAUCGACAAAGGAUUAUAUCCUUUUCGUAUACCCAAAUUAAUUGAAUAUAUUAAUACUUUAAUUGAUAAACCAGUUUUUGCCUUUUCGCACAGCCGGCUACUCGAUUAACGUUCAGCAGCUGAUUGCUAUUUUAUCACAGCCAAAUUAUUCAACUCGCUUUGUACAUAUUCGUUUAAAAAUUAAUGUAUUUAAGAAAUUUCUUUUGUAUGGCAAAUCAAUCUAAAUCUGCGCUUGAAUCGAGCAUAUGCCGGUUAAUUGUGCGAAAAACCUAUUAGGGGUCUGACAGUAAAACCUUGUAUAAACUUGGUUCAAAUAUUCCCGGAAACUCUGAAGAGGCUUAAGAUUGCAUAUCGACGUAUCGUACUGUUGUCACAUAGAGUUGUUUACUCGAAAGAACAUAAUAGGGGGAUUACUUACACCAACGUAUGUGAGAGUUCGAGCACACCCAUAGCAGAAAACAAAAUAUCAACGAAAUUUCCAAACGUAAUUAUGUUUGUGCUCGGGUAAAUAGCGUAUUAUAAAAUGUACAAAAACAAAACAAUAAUUGCAUUUGUUGUAUAUGUAAAAUAUACAAUAUAUAAUAAUAUUUUUCUUUAUAUUGUACUAAGCAUACGAGUAUAUAAUAAUAUAUGUACUAUAAGUCAGAAAAUGGGAACAAACGAGUGACAAACUUUGUGCCAGCAGAUACUUUUAUUGUCAUAAAGACAACUAUUUUAUUUUAAAUUAUGCAUAUACAUAUUUAUAUCUAUUAUAUAAUAAUACAACAUACAUAACUGAGUUGUAUAAAUUUGCUUAGAAAUUUAUAUUUAAAUUACUAAAAAGUGAAAUUAUUCUACGCCAUAAACCAAUAACAUGUAUACAAAUAAAGCAAUUGUUUUUGUAAUAAUUAAUCACGACUUAAUAAAAACACUUAAAAGCAAAGCUAUAAAAUCUA